AUGUCGGAUAUGCAGGAUACAAUGUUGUUGGGCUUGGAGGGAAUCAAGAAAACUAUUCUGCAUGGAGGGACCGGAGAAAUUCCAAAAUGUAUCUCUGGAUCAAAGGUGACUUUCCACUUCCGCACCCAGUUGUGUGAUGAUGAGCGGACAGUGAUAGAUGACAGCAAAGUGGUGGGGACGCCCAUGGAGAUAGUGAUCGGCAACAUGUUUAAAAUGGACAUCUGGGAAACCCUGUUGUCCUCCUUGAGGAUCGGAGAGGUGGCCGAAUUCUGGUGUGACAUCAUUCACACUGGCGUUUAUCCACUAGUGUCCAAGAGUAUGAGGCGCAUUGCAGAAGGCAAAGACCCAGUGGACUGGCAGAUCCAUACAUGUGGUAUGGCCAACAUGUUCGCCUACCACAGCCUGGGCUACGACGACCUGGAUGAGCUGAUGAAGGAACCAAAACCCCUCUACUUUGUCCUGGAGCUGCUCAGGGUUCAGCAGCCCAGUGAGUACAACAGGGAGACGUGGGCUAUGAAUGAUGAGGAGAGGUUGAAGGUGGUGCCUGUGCUUCACGGUCAAGGGAACAAGCUCUACAAACAGGGGAACUACGACGAGGCCACACAAAAGUACAAGGAGGCCAUCAUCUGCAUCAAGAAUGUUCAGACAAAGGAGAAAGCAUGGGAGGUCUCUUGGCUAAAGCUGGAGAAGAUGGCCAACACUAUAACGCUCAACUACUGCCAGUGUCUAAUGCGCACAGAAGAGUACUACGAGGCCAUCGAGCACACCACCGACAUCAUCAACCAGCACCCAGGUGACAUGAAGGCCUUCUUCCUGCGAGGGAAGGCCCACGCAGAAGUGUGGAACGAGGCAGAGGCUCGGCAGGACUUCAGCCGGGUGCUGGACCUGGACCCAGGCAUGAAGAAGGUCGUCAAGAGAGAGCUGGCCGUGCUUAAUAUGCGCAUGGAGGAAAAGAACCAGGAGGACAAGAACAAGUACAGAGGCAUGUUUUGAGGAGACGCUGCAGCAGAGGUUAGGAGAAUCCCAAAAGUGAUGGCUGAAGAAAAGGAAUCCCCAAGAUUGAUUGUACCUUUAACAACCACAUCUUCUUCACUGCAGUGACUUUCACAAGGUCUGGGAGACACUCAGAUGGAAUAUAUAAGGAUGAAAGAGCUGCUUCCUUUCUGCCCGUCUUUCUUGGUCAUCAAAACUAUUAAAUUAAACUUUUAAAUGGAGGACUUUGCACACUUGUAAUCUUACCUAAAUUGGUUACAUUUCAAGGAAAUGUUUGACUGCUUGAUUUGGUUGUUUGUAUUCAAUUAUCUCCAAUAUUUAGCAAGGCAUUGAGAGGUACCAAAACACAAAAUAUGUAUUUAGUGAUUAAGUAAAAAGCAGCCUUUAUCUAACGCUCGGAAAGUGAGCGCAUAAGUGUAUUUCCCAAAAUGUCCAAAUCUUCUGUUCUGAUUUGUUAUAUUGUUUUGGAUU